CCACCACCGCCCGGCCGCUCUUUCAAGCAUCCAGAAGUUUUCGUCCGACCACUAUCCCCCCUACGUUGUCUAUACAGCGACGACACUCAAAUAUAAUGGCAUCUCUAACUCUGCAGUCCACAAUUAAACUGAGCGAUGGCAAUCAAAUCCCUCUUCUUGGAUUUGGUACCUACGAGCUGGAUGGAAAGGACGCGUAUAAGGCCGUUACAUGGGCACUCGAGACGGGGUACCGUCACAUUGAUUCUGCGACAUGGUACGAGAACGAGGCCGAAGUAGGGAAAGCCAUCCGUGACUUCUGCACCAAGACUUCAACGCCACGUUCCGAAAUAUUCUACACCACCAAGCUCAUGCACAAUAGGGGUUAUGAUGCCACCCUCAAGGCGAUACAGUACUCGCUCGACCAGGCAAAACUCGACUAUAUAGACCUAUAUCUCAUCCAUGGGCCAUGGGGAGGACGGGAGAUGAGAAAGGAAUGCUGGAGGGCUUGCGUGCAAGCAAAGAAGGAGGGAAAAGUCAAGAGUAUCGGGAUCAGUACAUUUGGCGUGCUCCACAUGAAGCAGUUGAUUGAGGAAGAUACGAAGGGGCUUGAGGUUCCGGCAGUACAUCAGAUUGACCUACAUCCGUUCAUGACUCGAACGGAGAUCGUGGAGUAUAGUAAACAGCAUGGAAUGGUUCUCGAGGCUUGGGGGUCUUUGGCCAGAGGAAUGCGCAUGAAGCAUCCGUCCAUCGUCAAUCUGGCGAAGAAAUAUAAUAAAGCACCGGCUCACAUAUUCUUGCGCUAUUCCAUCCAGAAGGGAUAUGUGCCACUCGUCAAGUCCAGUUCGAAAGAGCGCAUCAUUUCGAAUACCGAGAUAUUUGAUUUCGAACUGACGGACGAGGAGGUUGCCCAUCUGGACACCCUGAACGAAAACUUGGUAACAGAUUGGGACCCUACAGACUGCCCUUGAGCAUGAGCAUUUGCAUCGAUUCACUUGGUCCGGUCGAAACGGAGAGGGUUUAGCGGGAAAGGGACGUGAACAGUUCAUUGUCCGUCAAAUAGGGAGGCAGAAUAUCAGGAUUAUGUUGUAGAAGUAGUAGACAUUGGGUCUGUAAGGGCACGAAGUAGUGCAGUGAAGGUUCUUCAGUGAAAGUCCC